UACAAAAUGGCGAUGGAGACGACUGGGAAAGAUCAAGUGGAUUAUCAAGCGAUUGCUGCAAAACUUAGUGAAAUAUUGUUGCCUGUUGGCUUAGAAUCUCAUCCUUUUAAGGUUAAGUGGUAUAACGAUCUCCUUACCCACAAGGCAUUCAAAUUGGACUUUGACCCUGAUACAUUAGCAUUCAUURUAAUCAGUUCUCCUGAGAUGUUUGAGCAAGGCUUCAAACCAUUUAUAACUAACUACAAUUGCCUAGACACACCAAACGACCCACUAGAUGAGUUUGUCUCUCAAUUAUUCAGUAAAGUGAAAAAAGAGUUUCAAGAUUUUGAAAUUACAACAAUACAAGAUUUUGAAGUUCAUGCUAACAGAAGACCUAAAAUUCUUGUCCAGACAGCUGCACAUGCAUCAGGCGCAGCUUAUUUUUAUCAAMGAAAAGAUGUCAAAAAUGACCCAUGGGAUGCAAAGACCAAAAUACAUGGUGUUGCCAUUCAUCCAAAAUAUGGUGGCUGGUUUGCUAUGAGAGGAAYUAUUAUUUUUAAAGAUGUUUUAGUUCCAACUUUACCAAAAGCWGAACCACAAGAUAUUGUGAAUGAAGAUGAUAAAAAGAUUGACCUUCUGGAAAAAUUCAACCAUCAUUGGCAAGAUUGGAGCUUCAGAGACAUCAUUCCUGUUGUUUCUCAGUAUUCAGAGCAGCAAAAGAAAUACUUUGGUACUUUACCAGCAAACCGCAARAAAAUGCUUCAUGAAAUAUUGAAAGAAAGUUAGACUGACAAAUGAUAGAACUCUAGAAGAAAAAGAGAGCACCUUUCUAUCAUAAUGGAGUUCAAWUGCCUUCAGUCAAAGAACUAAAUGAUGAAAAUAACUGCUUGAUAAAAAUAGAAAUGUUUUAGGGACACAGGCAGUCCAAAAAUUGAUUGAGAAGCCUGUAUCCUAAUAAAUURUUAGUGUUUAGAAGUUUUCAUUCGAUCAUAUAAUCAAAAGGAUCAAAAAAUAAAGAGCAAGACAAGAGCACACUUUAAUUUAUYUCUUGUUAGCGCAUGCUCUUGAUAAAUGCAKAUUCCCUGUGGUACUAAAUAAUAAUAAUGGGACUCUUGGAACCGACUUAAUGGUCUCUAGUUUGAUUCCACAUGAAUUCCAUGAUAUAUGAGCAUGGCCUAGCAUUUUAUGAACUAUAUGUUUCAUAURUAACAAUUGGGCUGCCUGUGUCAAGGAUGAUUAUAUUGUUAAAAUUAUGAAUAUUAUAAAAGUUCUAUUAAUUAGAUAAUGCACAUUUCUUUGGUCAGCAAUGAGUUAUUACUCAACUAGUAGAUUGUUUGGUACUGUUUYGUUUGCUUUUUUGUUUGCUUUUUUCCUUUUAUUUUACAGCUAUAUAUCAGUGGCUAUCUUCCCAAAACUACUAUCAUGUUAGAUUUAUGAUGUGUCUAUUCUGCACAUAAGAAUAUGGUCAUUACAAUAAUCAAUUAAAUA